UAUAUAUAUACACACACACACACAUCACAAGAAUAGUGUGUGCAAUUUGAUUGAAUUUUGUUUUGAUAAUAUUUUGGAAUAUAGGCACCUCUAUUGAUUGGGUGCGAUGUGCGGUCGAUGGACAGUAUGACCUACGAAUUGCUUAGCAAUAAAGAAGUUAUUGCAGUUAAUCAAGAUAAACUUGGAGUUCAAGGGAAAAAGGUCAAAAAGGAUGGAGAUUUGGAGGUAUGGGCAGGGCCUCUCAGUAAUAACAGAAUAGCAGUUGCCCUGUGGAACAGAGGAGCUUCAAAAGCAGAUAUUACUGCCUACUGGGGCGACAUUGGCCUCAAAUCGACGACAACUGUUAAUGCACGAGAUUUAUGGGUGCAUUCAACUCAAAUGUCAGUUACUGGACAACUCACUGCUAAUGUGGAGCCUCAUGAUUCUAAAAUGUACGUCCUUACUCCACAAUGAGAUUGAAGUGAUCUGCUACAGAAGGCUCUACACACAUAGGUAUCUCAAAGAAGAAAGAAAAAUGACAAUUUGCAAGCUAAUUAUUGGUGGAGAAAAAAGAAAUAUAAGAUUGACACAAGAUACUUUUGUUUUACUAUUGUACUAUCAACAAAGUGUUUUGGGAAUGGUAAGAGACUUAUGGAAGAAGGGCAACGUUUGAACCCACAGUAUGAGUGCAUCUUUUUUUAUUUGAUAAUGGUGAAUUUUCUCAAUUACUGGUUUUCCAAAACCUGUGGCUAAAUCGAAAAUUUUCGAUGCGUGC